AUGGUAACUGAUGACCUUGACCUUAGAUCUACAGCUGUGUCUCAGGCCUUUACACGUGCAGGUGGAAAAGCAUUUGUACAGGCAUUUGAGAUGGAGAAAAGCACCCCAGAAAUCUCUGGCAUCAUUGUGACACCAGGAGGUGGCAACCUGCCCUGUAGCUAUGUGUAUCACGUGAUCCUCAAUAAGUAUCAUAGUGGUUCACAACAGGAAUACAUGGAUAUUAUCCGUGAGUGCUUCAAGUUGGCGGAAGGUUACAACACAACAUCGAUUGCCUUCCCUUCACUGGGAUGUGGGGUACUCCUCAAGUACCCUCCGGACUUUGUGGCUUCUUGUCUUAUAGACAGUGCCAAGGCUUCCUCAGUAGCCCAUCAUUACGAUGACUCUCACCACGACACGGAUGACUAUGCCACACUCAGGCAAAUCGCUAGGUCUUCACAAGAAGGACGUAUUCCCACAGCGGAGGCCAAGACAGCUAGUGUUGUGAUAUACGGAAAGGAUAAGAAGACGUGCAGCGAUGCCAAGGCAGCUCUUGCCCAACAACUGAAGGAUAAUUUCUUACACGUAGAGAUUAUUGAACAUGAAGAUCUGCUGAAGCUUCACAAGAAAUCUAUAGAAAGCAUGCAGUCCACAGCCAAACAUAAUGGAAUAUGGAUAAAGUUUCCCAAUCCCGACAAGAGAAGUAAAAAAGGCAAACCACUACUGAAGCUGAAAGGAGAGAAGCAGUGUGUUCUUCUGGUGAAGGUGAAGGUCCAGGAAAUUCUUCUUCAAAUAAGGAAGACUGAACACAAACCUAAACCUACAAGAGGAAAUCUAGGAACGAGGGAGUUUCUGGCAGAAAUGGGUUCAAUGACUGAAUUUCAGACACCUUCCUACUGGACUCAAUUCAAAAAUACUCAAUCACUUGCAGAUAUCAUGAAAGGUUUAUUUACACAAAGUCCAAAAAGCAGUUAUUAUCUGGUGAAAGUGGACAAGGCAACGUACAAUGCCAUAGACACACUUGUUCAGAAAACCUGGGAUUCCACACUGGUUGGUCAUGGGAAGGAUGCUGCAAAUCUUACUCACAAAGCAAUCAAAGUCACAGACAUAGAGAGGCUUGAGAAUCCAGAAUUAUUUAAAAGAUAUUGUCAAAAGAGGUCAACUCGGUUUACUGACGCUUGUAGAUAUGGUUAUAACUGCACGCCAAUUGAGAAACUCCACAAUUCAAAAGGGCCUGUGUUGACUUCGAUACAGAAGAUUGAUUUACUGACGAAGGACAUGUAUUCUGAGGUCAAUGAAUACUACUUUUUUCAUGGCACAAAAAUUGACAAACUGCAAGCAAUUUUGACCAGCGGAUUAGAUUCUCGAGUUGGCAACACUCUUGCAAUGUUUGGAAGUGGAGUCUACGGAGCUGAAAGUUCAACUAAGGCAGACCAGUACACCGAUGACAAGACAGCGAGAAAACAAGGAUCAAGCAAGCAGAUGAUUCUGAUGAGGAUGACUCUUGGAGAACCAUUCAUCACAAAUGACAAAAACUCCCCAAAAUAUCCAGGCAACAGGAUCUAACUUCCACCUUCAUUCUGUUAGAUACAAAACACAGGAAUGAAUCAUGUGACCAAAAUCAUGGUCAGUGUCAUUCUGUUAUUGGUGACGGAUCGUGGCUGUUCCGAGAAUUUGUUGUCUACGAACCGGAACUAUGUUACCCAGAAUACAUCAUUACAUACAACAGGAUCUAACUUCCUUACGGGACAACAAUGCAUUCCAUGUUCACAUUAUUGCAAAGAAAACGGACACAAAACAUUAUGAAUCAGAUUGUGAUACAUUCUAGAUUACACCAAUCCCAACUGAACAUUAGUCUGUCUGCUUUAAGGCAAGAUGGGUUGAGUUUUUUCACCUGUGUCUAUUGAUGUGAUAUAAAAAAAAAUGAUAUUGUGUUCUGAUGUCUGUUAAGUAAUUUGUGUUAGAAGUAUGAUCAAAUAUGGUGUGCUAACAUUUAUUGAGAAGAAGAAUUCUUUAGUUAUGUUCAUACAGAUGGAAUGUGAAGGUCACACUGAUUGCAGCCUCUUAAGGACUCUUACCCUUCAUGUGAGACUUGUCUGUGUAAACAGUCUUAUUGGUGCGACAAUACAGUACAGCAUCGUGAUGUGAGGUACAAGGUGAAAUGCAUACAAUUUGUUUCAUUGCAAGUUAUAUUGAUGUAAGAACAUUUGAUUAAUAAUAUAUAGAAUAUUUUUUUCUCCUCCUCAAUAUCCCAUAUUUGUUAGUGAAAUUUGAAAACCAUGAUCCAGGAAGAGACUAUAUACUUGUGAAAUAUGUGUCAGACCCAAAUUAUCAGGAUACGUAUCGUAUCAUGCCUCAUCAUAUUGUUUCGCCUCUUGUAUGUUUAUUUGAUACAAGCUACAUGUACUUAGUUUAGGUGCUGUUGGACAAGAUCCUUCAGCCUCUCUGCUGCUUUCUAUUGCACAACUCUUGCACUGCUGCUUACAUUCGAGUACAAGAGGCUCCUACUGGCUGGGACUCCUAUUUGUCUGAUGUGUCUGUAGAAGCUGAGAUUUCUGAAAAUGAUUCCACUUCGUCCAGGGUAUAUCAGUAUUUGUUGCUUGUGUUGUAAUGGGUAAGUGUAUUGGAUAAAAGUACAUCUUUUUUAUUUUUAAAUUUUGUUUUCAUACUUUGCUUUCACUUGCCUAACGAUAUAAGUGUUAUCUUAAAUAUGAAUAAAUUAUUAAUACCCAUUGUGUAAGUUUUUAAUUAUUUAUUUUAAAUUUCAGUUUUAGAAAUAUAAAUGUUUCUUUUUGUUUUAGGUUGAAUCCGUAAAUUGAAUGUUUAUAAAGGUUCCUCAUCUUAGUAUGAUUCGUUUGUUUACAGUUAGAUAAAUGGUAAUUUACUGAGCAACAUUGGAAAUGCACCACUCUAAAAUGCACCGAUGAUGCUCAGAUAUCAUGGGUACAUUACAGUCUAAUGGGGAUAUUUCGUAUUAUAUGCAUGGUGUGAGACUUUUUCUUAAAUGUGCAACUGUAAGAGCCUUGCAUUUGAGUGAGUAUAUUGUAAAUACAAUGUGAUACUCAUGUUUGAUAAUUAUAAUUUAUAGUUCUACAUAUAUAACAUAAAACAUGGCCGUUAUUAUCAAAGAGAUUUCAUUUUACAGGAUUUAAUCUGUUUAUAUCCAGGCCUGUGUACCACAUAUACAUUAUUUUAUUGAUGAUGAUGAUGAAGAGGAGGAAGAGGUUGGGGAUUUCUAAAUUGAUUAUUCUGGAAUAUGGUUGGUUUAGAUUGGUUGGUUUGUUGUUUAACGCCAGACUCAGCACCAUUUCAGCCAUAGGGCGGUCUGUAAAUAAUUGAGUCUGGACCAGAUAAUCAACAGCAUGAACAUCGAUCUACGCAAAAGGGAUACGAUGACAUGUGUCAACCAAGUCAGCAAGCCUGACCACCCAAUAUACAACAAAACCUCUUACGACAAACAUGGGUCACUGAAGACCCGGUAAAUUCUAACUCGGAUCUUCACAGGUAUGGUUGGUUUUAGAGAAUUGUACAUAAUGAGAUCAUUCUCACAGCUGAGUCUCUGUCUGCUGAAGUAUCACAAAAUCCUACCUUUUAUUGACGUAACACUGGGUCCUCAAUUUGUUAUUGUGAAGCCAUUUCCAACCAGCAGAGUAGUAGAUAAUAAUAAUUAUAAUACUAGUGCAUAAUAUUGCGUUAUACUCCACGCUGAUUGCAUGCUCGAAGCGCACAUUAAAAGUCUAGUUAAAUAAAGCUCUUUUAAACGGAUGGGUCUUCAGAAAAGUUUUAAACAAUUCAAAAGUUGGAGCAAGUCUUAUUUUGAUAGGAAGUUGAUUCCAUUUUGUCGCUGCCAAGUGAGAGAAAGAGUGAUGCUUGUAGUGUUUUCAGAACAGAGGAGAUGUUGUGCUUGCGAUCUGAGAUUCUCAGUGGUCUGUAAGGCUGCAGUACACAGGUACUCUGGUGCAUCACCAGCAAUAUUUGUAUGCAAGGCACAGGAAUUUGUAGAAAACAAUGAAGACUUUGGUGAAUGGGAGUUAUAUGAUCAUGUUUGAGAGUCACAAUUCUUGCCGCAGUAUUUUGUAUUAUCUGGAGCUUAUUGAUUGUUAUCUGAGGAGCACCCCAGAACAGGCUAUUGUAGUAGUCUACCUUGGAAAUGACUAUGACAAAACAAGGAUGAUAGCAGACUCUUUGUUGAGAUACCUCCUUAUAUUUCCAAUAUUUGUAAGCUGGAUGAAGCAGCUUCUGCUCGAGUUGUUGACGUGGUUCUCCAAAGAUAACUCAGGAUGGACACAUAGAUCUUUAACUACAUCUGCUACCUGCAUGACACAAAUCUCCAUAGGCAUGGAAGUGAUAUAAACUUUUCCACUAUUUUGAUAUUCACAGUUUUCACCAUGGCUGUCUGUUCUUGUAUUUAACUUGUCUCUGCUCUGCAACUCCUCCCAAUUCCUCCAAUGAAUUAAAUAUGAAAUGUGAAAGAAGGUGAGCUUCUGCCCGUUUAACGAAUGUAUUGGACCAUAUAUAUGUGUAUGACAUUUCUGUAUCUGUUGCUGUAAUAAUUGGAGGAAGUCAACUGUUGAAAAGGUGGAACAAAAUAAUUAUAGCAGAUUUGAUUAAUUAGCAAAGAUGACUAGAAAGCUCGGUUCUAUUGUUUUUAUCAGUUCAUUGUAGGCGGAUAGGAUGAGAUAUCCUUGGUCUCUGUUGAUUGAAGGCUUCCUCCGAUUGUUAUUGUGUUAUUACAAAUAUCCAGUGUUAUUGUUGUUAAUCCCUUUCAUGCAUACCGUCAUGUUGUCUUACUUAAAGGCACAAUGUCACAAAUUUUCAACGAUAUUUUGGCCUAUAUUACAUAUGUUGAGGCAUAUGCACUCACUUUAGCUCCCAACUGAUCCCUAUAAUAAAAGAAUUAUUAUCCCUUAUGACUUGCCUGAAAUCGAUAACUGAAACUUUGAGGCGAACAGCUUCCAAACAGAGAACACUUGCCAUGUAUGGAAGGUAAACAAUUGCUCCGUACAUCGAAAACUCCCGCAUGCGGUAUUGUUGGUGUUUGCCGAACUGGUUUCAAUCACAAGUUGUGUGUACAAUAUUCAUAAAGAGUGCUCUAAGGGACAUAACUCUAUGGUGUUGCGCUCAAAAUAAUGUUUGGACGGUAGAGGGUACGAGAGUCGACUUUAUGCAACAUUACAUUAAUUCAUUCCAACUUUUGAAUUUAAUAUUGUAAUCUAAAUACAUAAUUUUGGGGGGGAAUAAAUUAUAUGGUGGCUUCCCAGAGGGCUGAUAGUAUUAUUGAGAGCAAUACAUUAUUUAUUUUCAGAUAACGACAUUGUGCCUUUAAUCACUGUUAGGUGUAUAUAAGUCAGUUCUGUGCUGUGAAAUACACAUUAUGUCGUAACGCACGUGUUAAAUCUCCAAAUCAUCAUCACCAUGCAUACUUCACUCUUGCUUUACAACGGUAUAAGAAUAUAUACUGAAACGUUGCAUAAUAAAAUAAUAAAGACGUUGUCAUCCAGAAAGUGUCAUACCUUUCUUCUUAUUCAUCAGCUUCUAUAAUGCCAGUCAGACAUACCUGUACGUUGCCAGAGGCUCUGACCUGAUUCUCAAUACGGCCAUCACAUUAGACAAGGAGGUAGGGUCAAUGCCCUUCUGGUUUGUAUAACCAUGGUAUUUUGUAUGGAAGUGUAUUGGGCUAAAAAAUAAUGAUCAUGUUCGUGUAUAUUUUAAUCUACAUAGAUCAUACCUACAUCUACUACACAGUACUACUUACACAAUAUUUUCCACCACUUUCAUCUUUGUUGAAGACAUUAAUCUGUGUGGAUGAUACUUUUCUACCUCACAUCUACGAAGAUGAUACUUCACCUAUGUGCAUGUUAUAAUCUCCGAAGAAGAAAGUAGGAUCAACUAUGAAAUUAUCAGAAAUGAACAACUGCUUAAUUAAUAAUGUCUGAUUUGUUUGACUUUCUACCUGAACAUGUUUUUAUUGACCAAGGUACAAUCUAAAUGUGAAUAAAAGUAAAACUUCAUUGUGAUGUGUGUCCAUGUUACUAAAUUACAUGCAGCACUCUCUAACAAUCAUAAUAAAAAGAGUACAGAAUGCCCCCAAACUACAAACAAUCAAUUAGUGGUCAUUAUUCAAAAUUUCAGCGAAAAUAUAUUUCAACCAUAACAAUUUAGGAAGGGCUGGCUACCACUAAAGAUGAUAGAGAUUGAUAAUAAUUAACUAAAUUUUGAUUGAUUAUAAAUAAAUAUCGGAGACGUUACUUUGAGCAAAAAUGUCUGACAGAAAUUACUAUAUUUCACAACACUGGUGAGCUGGUGAGUUGUGACAUGUUUUUGCAUGUAUUUUUAACUAUAACAGCUUCCUGAACAUGAUUUAGAAGCAGACCAUGAAUAAAGUCAUAAAUUUGCACAUUGUGUUUCCGAUUAUCGAUCAUUUUAGCCAGCCCUAACUUUAAGUCAUACAUAUCACUUGAAUAUAUUGAUUCACUAUUUCUCCAGUAUGGGAACUCACUUAAGAAUUAAAAUAUGUAGGGGAAUCACUCAAACUAAAAAAACAAAUACACCUCAUCAUCCUAUCACCUCGUAAUCAUGGAAGGAAAAAGUUUUGCUUUGUGUUUCUAUUUUAUCGCUGAUAGUUUGACAGUUGAUCUGAGGAUGCUGUCAAAGGACAAAUGAAAUGAUAAGAUCAACAUGCUUCUUAACCUAGAAUUAAUAAAACAGUCAUUAAAUGUCACCUAAAAAGAAAAUAGAAAUGUUUGUUGAACUAAGUAUUUGCAACUUUGGCUGCAACUUCACAAGACAAUAGUACUAUUGUAUUGUAAUCCAUAGAUGUUUUUGGGGGGGACUGGCACUAAUACACACCCAAUAUUUUGGAAUAAUUAUAACUAAAUUCAUUGAAUGAAAUCCUCCAAUUGGUGGGGAAAAAUAUUAAAUGAAGUAUUAAGAUUGAUUGUACCUAGUGCAUGUAAUUCAUGAGAAAUUCUUUUCAUCAAGGGAUGGGAAUAAUUGCUUGCAUGUCCAGAAAACCGUUAGGAUACAAAAUGCCUGCACCUAUUUCUUUUCUGUCCUGAACAGACUUUAUGUCCUUAAUAACCAUGCUAGUUAUAAGAAAAACGGCUUUCAUGGGCAAGAAAAAGAUUCUUUUAAGUUCAAAAGUAAAUCUCAUUGAGCAAAGCUGUGAGUCUGUGUGACCAAACACACCUUUUCAUCAUUUACUAAACUUUAUCUACAUCUCCAAACAUGAAGCAUACAACUUUAGGGAUGACAACUGUGGCUUUCAGUGUAGAUUCUUACACUGUUAUCAAGGAAAAGUGAUUGUUGAUGAUGUUGACUGCUACAUCUCCAUGUUGAUGUCUUACAUUCUAGAAGUUGGUGAGUACAAAAUCUUCAAAGAAUCCAACUUGGGUAGAAAACUUCGGAAAACAUUUGUAUUGUUAUAGUCCAAGAAAUGCAUAUGUUUCAAUGACCAAAGUCUCAUCCUCAUUCAUAUGUACAUAUAUGAUAACCGCAAUUUCUACAAGUUAGGCUCCAAAAUGCUCUUAUGAUACAUUGUCCUUGUGACACUUUAUGUUAGUGUUAGGACGUAACUCCUCUGUAAGAUCAUCAGAAACCACUGAUCCACAGUAGGUGAAACUUCAUGUUUGUUCCCAUCAAUGAUGUCAAAGGAAAUUGGUUAUUGUGUAACUUGGGUUCCAGUUUUCAAAACAUAUAUUUUUUAGCUUUGUAUUUAAUCAUGCUCUUAACUUCUUAAAAUAAUUAUUAGAUAUUUGGCUAGAUUACCAUCUGCCCAAGAUGUAUAAGGUGUUGUCAAUAUGCUGUGCAGAGUUGUCACCCUUUAACUUGCCAGGAACCAGUGAUUGUUGGUUAGAACCCCAGUCUGCCCCGAUUAUGUGUCUGGGUUUGUCAAACGUCUGAGACGGGCAUUACAGGGGCGACUUUCCCAUAAAUCCAACAAGCUGUGAUAUAACUGGUCUAUGUCUUUUAGCCAACCAACUCACCCCUAGUAUUUCUGAAGAUGUUUUGAGUGUUAGUAUUGUCCGAAACAUUUGUUUAGUGUCUGUUUCGUUGACACUUAAAGCUGUUGACAUUGCCAGUACGGUGGCACUAUAUUCUUGUAUUUUAAUUGAAAAGAUCAUAUGACUGACAGACAUUUAGCUUUAUUCAUGUUCUUCCCUUUCAUGAAUGUAUGUUAGUUGAAUGGCCAGAGAUGAGUGUGGCACUGUAUCAUGCAU